AAAGCAAAAAAUCCCACCGAUUACAUAAAUACUGUAAUUAUGCACGAGAUGAAUGGAACUUGUUGUAUGACCCCUCUCCUUGUGGAGCCUGGUCUCGCCAAGUCGUCACACCUCUUCCUCGGACAAUCCUCCACGGCCGGUAUUUAAAGCAACGAGUCCAGGUGGCGGCUUCACUUGUUUCGGAGCGUCUGUCCAGCCGGCUGUUUGGCUUCGUGUUCCCAGAUAAAGUUCUGCAGUUCAGCGUGACAAGAAGCAACAAUGGCGAGGCCUAAUGCCGCCGGAACCGGAACCUCUGAUGUCUGGAACUCCGGGGAAUACCGAAAUUAUGUGCGGAACAUGAUGACAAACUUCGGGUCGCAGUACAACCGGCGGCGGGAAGCUGAGAACGCCGUGAGCAGUCCAGGUGUUCAGCCCCAGAGCAGUCCAUUGAAGGUGGACUUGACCGGGUUCUACGCCCGGGAUAACGCAAAGGAUCAUCACACAGAUCAGUUCGAACUGGUUGAAGAUCCCACGGCAACUCCCAUCUUUCGCAGGGGAUUACCCUUCUUCUUAGCCGUUCGAUUCGAUAGGCAAUUCGACAUUGUCGAGGACGUCAUUCGAUUACAGUUCGGUUUCGGUCCGAAGCCGACAGUAACAAAAGGAACACGUGUGAUUUUGCCUGUUACGGACCAAAAGGAAUUGACAAGCGACAAGAACAGAUGGGAUGUGAGGAUACAUCACCAGGAUGGUAACACAGUCACGUUUCAGGUGCAAAUUCCAGCUUCAGCGCAGGUCGGAAUAUGGCGAUGCAACAUACAGACAAACCGCACCGGCAGGAGGGACGCCAGGAACGAUUUCCAGUGCGAGGAGGACAUCUACGUGCUCUUCAAUCCAUGGUGCAAGGAUGACGCCGUACACUUGGACGGGGAGGAGGAGAGGUGGGAGUAUGUUCUCAACGAGAGCGGCAAAGUGUGGACGGGUUCCUCCAGGCGGCCCGAAGGGAAACGCUGGAUUUUUGGUCAGUUCGACGAUGUUGUACUUCCGGCCAUCAUGUACCUCCUCGAACUGUCCAAACUGAAACACGCGGAUCGCGGAAAUCCCGUCCAGAUGGCGCGGGCCAUUUCCGCCGUAAUUAAUGCAAAUGACGAUAAUGGUUUAUUGGUGGGCUGCUGGGACGGUAAGUUCGAGACUGGGACAGCCCCGCACUCUUGGACAGGAAGUGUCGCCAUCUUUGAACAAUAUCUCAAGGAUGGUGGCCGUCCAGUCAAGUACGGACAGUGCUGGGUGUUCUCCGCCGUUGUCGUCACUGUAUGCCGGGCUCUGGGCAUCCCUUGCCGCUCCGUUACGAACUACGUGUCUGCGCACGACACAAACGCCUCGCUUACCGUCGAUAAAUACUUCGAUCGGGAUGGCCAAGAGAUAGAGGGUGGCCCAGAAGGUGACUGCUUUGAUUCAUGCUGGAACUUCCACGUGUGGAACGAAGUGUGGAUGACCCGACCGGAUCUGCCCGCUGGGUACGGUGGUUGGCAAAUCAUAGACGCUACACCCCAAGAAGCUAGUGAUGCGAUCUAUCGCUGCGGUCCAGCCUCUCUGGAGGCAGUGCGUCGCGGAGAAGUGGGAUUCUCGUACGAUACUCCUUUCGUCUUCUCAGAAGUUAACGCUGAUGUGUGUCACUUUCAAGAGGACGAAACGUCGGAUUGGGGUUUCUCACCCCUGCGCAUCAACAAGUAUCACGUUGGAAGAAAAAUAGUCACCAAGAGACAUGAUAAGGACGAUGAUAAAGGUGACUCGGACAUCGAAGAUAUCACCGGCCAGUAUAAAAGUCCGGAAGGUUCGCAAACCGAGCGACUGACGGUGUUCAAUGCUGUAAGAGGUGUGGAGAGGGCCCAGCAGUACUACUCCUUCCCCAAGAAGGGCAGCGAAGAUGUACACUUCGACCUCGUUGAGCUGGACAGGGUGCCCUUCGGUCAGGACUUCAGCCUCACUGUGCACAUCCAGAACAAGUCGGAGAAGUCGCGCACAAUCUCUGUCAUGUUAUCUGCCUGCUCUGUGUACUACACAGGAAACACAGCGCACAGGCUCAAGAAAGCCAACGGGGAAUUCCUGGUGAAGCCCAACCAACGAGAAACAUUGCGAAUCACUCUGACAGCCAGUGAGUACAUCGACAAGUUGGUCGACAAGUGCCUGAUCAAGAUAUAUGCCAUAGCGAACGUGAGGGAAACAAAACAAACGUGGAGUGAAGAAGACGACUUCCAGCUGCAGAAACCCAAACUCAACAUCCAGAUUCGUGGAAACCCACAGGUGAAUCAGACCUGUCAGGCUACUUUCUCUUUUCUGAAUCCCUUGUCUCUGACCCUGAUGGAUUGCAGUUUCAGCGUGGAGGGGCCCGGACUUCAGAGGCCCAAGAUCAUGAGGCACAGAGAUGUGCAUCCGGGAGAGCUGGUGACCUUUACAGAAUAUUUUCGCCCCAAGAAAGAGGGCGAAAGGAAAAUCGUGGGAGCCUUUAAUUCAAAGCAGCUAACAGAGGUCACUGGAUCAACUACCGUCCAUGUUAAGGCCGAAUAAUCGUUUGAACUAAUACACCUAACAUAACUGCAG